GGUAUAUCUGCACUAUUUUCGACUCAACACGUGCAGUAAAUAGAUUUGUUGUUUCCUAAAUAUUAGCUAAAAUGUCCAGUACCAAGAGAAAGGAGCCGUUGCUGUACAUGGAGGAGCAUAGAGUCAAAGAGGAUCCACAGGACUAUGGACUGGCAGACGAUGUGUUUAACAUGGAAGUCUUUAAAAAGAAACUUCAAGUGGCCAUCAUUCGAAACGAUGAGGACGGCUUGGAGUUUGACAUGAUAGGCGUGUAUCCGGCCAUAGCCAACGCCUUUCGCCGCUUGAUGCUCAGUGAGGUGCCCAGCAUGGCCAUAGAGAAGGUGUACAUCUAUAACAACACUUCCAUUAUACAAGACGAAGUGCUGGCGCAUCGUAUGGGACUCCUGCCCUUGAAGGCCGACCCCAGGUUAUUUGCCUAUCGCACUGAAGAGAGCAGCGAGGCUGGAACCGAGCAGGAUACUCUUGAGUACGAGCUUAAAGUCAAGUGUACCCGCCGCAAGGAUGCCAGCAAAGAUCAAUCCAACUUUGAUGACAUCUACAAGAACCACAAGGUCUAUUCGGGUCAUUUAAAGUGGCUUCCCAAGGGAAAGCAGGCACAAAUUUACAGCGAGAGCAUGGUAAACUGCAUUCACGAGGACAUACUCAUCGCACAACUGCGGCCAGGGCACGAGCUGGAUUUGCGUUUGGUAGCUGUCAAGGGGCUGGGUAAAGACCAUGCCAAGUUCUCGCCGGUGGCAACUGCCUACUAUCGCCUAUUGCCCCAGAUCAAGCUGAAUCGCGAGGUUUCCGGCAAGGAUGCCUACUUGCUGCAGAGCUGCUUCUCGCCCGGUGUCAUUGGAAUCGAUGAGAACGAGUGUGCCUAUGUGAAAGACGCCCGCUACGACAGCUGCAGUCGCAAUGUCUACCGCUAUCCCCAGCUGGAGGACUCUGUGACACUGGGGCGUGUCCGAGAUCAUUAUAUAUUCACAGUCGAGUCUGUGGGGUCUCUCAAGCCAGAUGUGAUCUUCCUGGAAGCUGUCAAAGUCUUAAAAAAGAAAUGCCGCGCGUUUAUAGACGAAAUAGAAGCGGAAUAGUUAUUAUUAUUUAGCAUUUGCAGUUUUCAAUUAUUCUACGUACAUAAAAACAUAAGAAAGAUAUACAUAAAAAUAUGUAAGAUUA